GGGCCCCUGUCCACAGCCGCUAACAGAGAAGCGCUGCCUUCCCACCCCCAGCACCAGACCACCAGCUCGAGCACCGGCCCCCUCAGGGGGACAAGCGCCUCUGGAACACAGUGUAGAUUCUUGGAGUCAUCUAACAGUGCCAACAUGUCCCGGCCCAGCAGCAGAGCCAUUUACCUGCAGCGGAAGGAGUACUUGCAGAACAUCUCCUCUGAGCCCACCUGUCUGCAGCACAGGGUGGAGCACCUAAUGACAUGUAAGCUAGGAUCUCAGAAGGUCCAAGAACCCAAGGAUGUGCUGAAGAAGCUGCAGGAGAUGGAUGCUCAGGGUCGGGUGUGGAGUCAGGACCUGUUCCUGCAGGUCAGAGACGGCUGGUUCCAACUGCUGGACAUCGAGACGAAGGAGGAGCUGGACUCUUACCGCCUGGACAGCAUCCAGGCCAUGGAUGUGGCGCUCAACAUCGGCUCCUACAACGCUAUCCUGUCCAUCACGGUGCAGGGGUCCAGCCUGCCAGCCACCAGCACUCUGCUCUUCCACUGCCAGGAAGUGAGGGCAGAGCAGCUAAGGAACAGCCUGAAGAAGGCCCUGGAGGAGGAGCAACAGCAAAGACCCCACUCUAGAGCCCGUCACCCCAGCCAAGACAAAUGGAGGGGGCCUUCUCCAGAGAGGUCAUUCUCUAAGGAGCAAGUACCCCCACCAGAGCAGGGGCUCCCUCCAGAGCAGUCCUACUGGAUGACCCCAGAGCACAGUACACCACCAUCCCCAAGGCCCCUGCUACGCAACUCCAGAACCCAAGAAUCGAGCACCCUCACUUUGCCUCCUCCAAGGCGGACCCCAUCUCCCGAGAGCCCAGAGAGGGAUGAGGAGAUACUAAGCCACGUCCUUAGGGAUAUCGAGCUGUUUGUGGGCAAGCUGAAGGAGGCCCAGGCAAAGAGCAGUCAUAAGAAGAAGAAACUAGGGAAGAAAAAAGGCAAGGAUCAGUGGGGAAUGACACAGGCACAGUACAUUGAUUGCUUCCAGAAGAUCAAGUACAGCUUCAACCUCCUAGGCAAGCUGGCCAUCUGGCUGCAGGAGAAGAAUGCUCCCGAAUUUGUGCACAUCCUCUUCCAACUUCUAGACUCUAUCCUGGCCCAGUGCCCUGAGCCUGGUCUAGCAGCCCGAGUGAUUUCACCCCUCCUCACCCCCAAAGCCAUCGACCUGCUGCAGUCCUGUCUCAGCCCGGCUGAGAGCGACUUCUGGAAGAGACUGGGUGUGGCCUGGACCACCAGCCGGGACGACUGGACAGGCGGUGAGCCCCCACCGUAUCAACCCACAUUCUAUGAUGGUUGGCAGCUUCCAGAACCCUCCAACCAGGCACCCUCAGGAUACCAGAGCUCUACCUCUCUACGUUCCAGACCCAUGAAGCCAGCCCUGAAAAUGCAAGUCCUAUACGAGUUUGAAGCCAGGAACCCACAGGAACUGACUGUAGCCCAGGGAGAGGUGCUGGAGGUCCUGGACCAGAGCAAGCGGUGGUGGCUGGUGAAGAAUGAGAAGGGACAGAGUGGCUACAUUCCCAGCAACAUCCUAGAGCCCCUACAGUCGAGGGCCCCGGGGGACCAGAGCCAGUCGCCUUCUUGGGCUCCAGUGCUUCGACCUAGCUCGACGCCUGAGGAGGUGGUGGCCUGGCUGCAGGCACAGAACUUCUCCACCACCACCGUGAAGAGCCUCGGGUUCUUCACAGGGAGCCAGCUGCUUCGCAUGAGACCCGGGGAGCUCCAGAUGCUGUGUCCACAGGAGGCCCCACGGGUCCUGGCGCAGUUAGAAAAAGUCAGAAGGACGUUGGGGAUGAGCCUUUAGGCACCAACCCAGACACCUCUGAGACCAAGACCCUCUCGCAAGCAGGAUGGCAGAUCUGAUACUUUUUGGCACCCUGAGAAAUCCACACUCACGUCCCCAGUUUGCAGUGAACCCCACGCCCCAGCUCACACAGCAAAGAGGAUGAGCAAGCCCAGAAGCUGAGACAAACGGUGCCCCUUCUCGCUGUGUUGAGAGCCCUCCCCAGUGACCACCUAUUUAUUGUGUGUCUUUCCUAAGACUGGAGCACUUUGUGCUUGAUUUGUCAGGACUCUCAUUCA